UAAUAAUAAUAAUACAAUAAGUAGAAAAAGAAGAAGAAGAGAUGUCUGGUUUGUUUGGACCUGGUUUACGAGUAGAAACAGGCCUCAUCGAUCCUCAUCAGUCCACGCAACGCUUGAAGGACCGUGGGUUAUGGACCGACCCAAACGAGUAUCCUUUAGGGACAGUGUUGGCUGUAACGUCUUGUACGGUCGUUGAGGUUCUCGUCAAGGAUGAUACCAGCGUCAAAAAAGGGGACCCUUUGUUUGUCUUGUAUCGUCCUCUCCCUCCACCUCCAACUACACCUCUGUCUCCCUUUUCACCAAUGCCCGAAUACCUCAAAAUACAGAUUAAGGAGAGUCUCAAGCAGCGUCAGCAGCAUCAGUCUGCUACCAUUGUCGACAAUACUCACAAAAUGCCAACCAGGCUUCUCCAUCACAAUGUGGAUGCUGCUCAACUUCUUUUGAACUUCAAACGUUUUGAUACUGUCGUCGACUAUUCCGACCAUCUUUUUUCAGCAGAGUCUUCUCCUGAAACACAACAGGCACCAAUUGACUGGGUUAACAAGAUACAAGAAGACAGGAGGAUCCUUAAGGAACGUUUGCCUGACACAAUAUUUGUUAGGGUUUUUGAAUCAAGGAUGGAUAUUUUAAGAGCAGCAAUUGUUGGACAAAAAGGGACUCCUUAUCAUGAUGGUCUCUUCUUUUUUGACAUGUGCUUCCCAAUAAACUAUCCUGAUAGUCCCCCCCUUGUGCGCUACCACUCUGGUGUUCCUGGUAUCAGCCCACAUCUAAACAAGUGUGGUGAUGUUCGCUUGGUCCUGUGUAAUGAAUUUGCCAGACAGGAAAAUAUGUGGAUUCCUGGCACUUCUAAUAUGCUCCAACUCCUGGUCUCCAUACAAGAUCUGAUUUUGAAUGCAACACCUUAUUUUAACAUAAUUGGAACUGCAAUGUCGAUAAGUCGCAUUCAAGAAAGAAAGUCCUUCCUAUUCAAUGAGAAUACUGUUGUCAAAUCACUUGAGACAAUGGUCUAUACGAUGAACAAACCCCCCAAGAAUUUUGAGGAUUUGGUGUUUGGGCAUUUUCACAUGCGUGUACAUGAUAUCCUAAUGGCAUGCAAGGGUUAUAUUAAAGGUCAGCAAGAAGUGGGGUGUCUUGUCAGUGACAGCAAUCAUGCACCCUCAAUGAAGUUCAAGAAGGAUGUCACUUCAUGCAUCAAGCCCCUGGUAAAUGCAUUUGAAAACAUUGGAGCAAAGGAAGCUCAAGAAUAUCUUUAUUUAACUGAAAAGAAGCGUGCUACGUCUGCAAAUGUGCCAACCCCUGUUAAUGAAGGCAUCAAUGAUGCUGCACACAAAAAGAGGAAGGUUGAGGUAGAUAUCAAUCAUGCAGCAAAAAAGGAGAGGAAGGUGGUGGUUGUCAAAGAAGCUAGUGAUCCGACAGAGAAAGAGAGCAUGGUUGAUGUAGGCAUCAUUGUUGCACGAAAUUUAAUGAAGAAGGUAAACAUUUCUUUCUUUACUGAUUUGUAUGCUCUUUCGUGGGGUAUUGUAUUCCAUGCUCAUAUUGAUUCUCGUGUCUACUAG